CACAAUAGGGCAAGUUUGAUAAUUUAUCAUAAUCCACCCCUAUUUCUUGAAGUUUCUUAUCACUCAUUGAUGUUCUAACAAAACUCUAGCUUUUACAUACAUCCUUCUCUUAUUCAAUACAUUUUCCCUUCUCUUAUUCUCGAAUUUUCCUCACUUUAAUGAUGACAAAUUGUUUUGGAAAUUAGUUUUAGUUUGGUUAGUUCCUAUAGAUGGUCAAUUUCGUCAGAAAUCAUGUGCCUCAAUUUUGUCCAGCAAGACCUACAUGACGUUCUAGAAUGGACAUUUUUAGCAUUUAUUCCUUUUCUUCAGAGUCUUCUAAUUCCAUCACUUUGUUUGCAGCUGAGAAAGGAAACAACAACUGAAGAGAAAACGUCCCUUGCUGGAUGAAUUAGGUUCUCAUAACAGGAAAGCAUAUCCUCAAACUACUGACAGAUCAUUUAUCAUUAUAAUUAGUGAAAAUUGUGUUACCUUAUCACAUGAUCAUGUUCUGCACUAGUUUGUGCAUGAUUUUCUAAUUCUAAUGUCAAACAUCCUAAAAACCAAUUUCCAUCAAACUAUGGAAAUUUGUCUAGCCAACCACACCAAAUUGCAAGUCUGUAACAAUAACUGAGGCAAUUGACAGGAAUAGUCUUCACUUAGUCAAGUUAGUUCAACUCCUUUGUCAUAUUCAAAUCUACCUGUCCUUUUCUCAAGAAUAUUGUAGCACCAUUGUAGUAUAUAAAAUCAUUCCUUAUCUUUGUUUAAUCCAACAUAGACCAUUUUAUUUCACAUCAAUCUUCUUCCAAAAUUGAUCCUUCUACCCCUCAUGGAACAGCUGAGAUUCACAGCUUUUCAAAUAGGAGUGAUACUAGCAGCUCUUGUUGUGGCUUCAGCAAAAUUGGUUAAUGGGCAAAUUAGUACAUCAUGCACAACCUCUAUGAUGAGUAGUUUCACACCAUGUGCCAACAUCAUCACAGGAAGCACUAAUAAUAAUGGUUUGACUCCACCAAGCACUUGUUGUGAUUCAUUAAGGUCUUUGAUGAGCACUAACAUGGAUUGUGCUUGCUUGAUGAUCUCUGCCAAUGCUCCUUUUUUCCAACUACCCCUUAGCCAAGCUCUUGCUCUCUCUCUUUCACAGGCGUGCAACAUUAAUGGAGUUUCUUUACAGUGCAAAGCUUCUGGUUCUCCUUUAUCGGCUCCAGGCCCUGCAGUUCUUGGAUCGAGCGGCCCAACUCUCCCUUCAAUUGCUACUUCUCCAUUGAGCCCACAAGUUUCAAAAAUAGUGGCUCUGGAGGAAGCAGAGAAAUAUGAGAAAGUAGAAUUGGCAGCAGCUUCAUCUCCGGUGGAAGCAGAAGUGCCAACUAGAAUUCCACAAAUCCGACCAGUGUUGACUCCACGUCCUUCUGCAUCUCCUUCAUCUUAUGUCUCCCCAUCACCUUUUGCAUUCCUCAUAGGAAUCAUGGUUUUUGGCAUCUAUUAAAUGUUAAUUACUAUUGUUAUUGUCCUACACAAUAUUUUUUUAUCAUACUGAUCACACAUAUUUGGAACAGCCAGCAGUUUGUAUGUUUAUGUUUGAUCAUCACUAAAAUUUACGUAUAAGCAUAGUAUUCUCUGCACAAGAUAAUAAAAUUACUUCUUUUUUUUUUGUCUUA